CAUAUGGCACAACCACCCCUCAUGUGAUCUCUAUCUCUCUCUCGCUCUCUGCUCAUUGUUCUGAAAAACCAAACCCUCCUCUCCCCAAUGUCUACUCUAUUUUCAUUUCUUAUUGCUCUUGUGUUAGUUUUUACUUCGGUUGCGUCGGCAGCCGAUGAUGUAGAUCCGAGUUUACGGUUCGAGAACCCGAGGAUCCGUGAAGCAUACAUUGCUUUGCAAGCAUGGAAGUCCGCCAUAUAUUCGGACCCGUUCAACUUCACAGCCAACUGGAAUGGCUCCGAUGUGUGUUCUUACAUGGGAAUCUAUUGUGCUCCCUCUCCUUCGAAUCCCAAGAUCAGGGUCGUUGCCGGCAUUGAUCUUAAUCAUGCCGACAUUGCCGGUUAUCUCCCUCCCGAGCUCGGUCGCCUCACCGAUCUCGCGCUCUUUCACCUCAACUCCAACCGGUUUUGCGGCGUUGUCCCGGCCAGCUUCCGCCGGUUGAAGCUGCUUCACGAGCUUGAUUUGAGCAACAACCGGUUCGUGGGCAAGUUUCCCGACGUGGUUAUCUCGCUGCCUGCUCUGAAGUACUUGGAUCUUCGGUUCAAUGAGUUCGAAGGAUCGGUCCCGUCGAAGCUAUUCGACAAGGAACUCGAUGCGCUGUUCUUGAACGACAACAGUUUUAGAUUUGGCAUUCCUGAGAACCUGGGGAACUCCCCUGUUUCGGUUCUGGUUUUUGCCAACAACGACCUCGGUGGUUGUAUUCCGGGAAGUAUUGGGAAGAUGGGCAAAACUUUGAACGAAAUCAUCCUUAUGAACGACAACCUUACGGGAUGUUUGCCGCCGCAGAUCGGGAUGCUUAAGGAGGUUACUGUCUUUGAUGUGAGCUUCAAUCAUUUGCAGGGAUCUUUGCCGUCUAGCAUUGGUAAUAUGAGGAGUUUAGAGCAGCUGGAUGUUGCUCAUAAUGGCUUUACUGGUGUGAUUCCGGCCACCGUGUGUCAGCUUUCCAGAUUGGAGAACUUUACUUAUUCUUUCAACUAUUUCACCGGAGAGCCACCUAGUUGCGCGGCGAUAUCGGGUGCAGGGGAGGCUAAUGGAAUCAUGAACUGUAUUCCUGGGAAGACGGAUCAGAGGUCUUUCCGGGAAUGCUCUUCGGAUGCUGCUCGACCUGUGGGCUGUAGUAAGUUUAAAUGUACUAGCGGUGGAAGUUCUGGAGGUGGGGGUGGCGGAAGUGGAAUCUCUCCGUCGCGGAAAAGGCCUCCAGUGCCUCCAACACCGCGUCGAGCUAAUCCACCAAAGUGGUUUAGGCAAUCCCCUCCACCACCUUCUUCAAGGUCUUCGCCUUCUACCAGAUCACAUCCUCCACCACCACCGUUGUCAGCACCACCAAAGUACUCUCACGUUUCAACUCCACCGCCCCCAACUCAAAGUACAUCACCAAAGACGCAUCUUCCACCGCCACCUCCACCUGUUCACUACGAACCCGUACAGUCUCCUCCUCCACCAAUGUUACAACCUCCUGCACCAACUCCAUCGGGCCAUUACUAUAACACUCCACCACCAAGCCAUUACCACAAUACACCACCAGUGGAAAAACCAACUCCAAUGCCACCAGGCCAUUACAAUAAUAACCCACCGCCGCCGCCGCCAUCACCAGACCACUACUACAACACACCGCCGCCGCCGGCAACAAAGAAUACAUCACCAAGUUCCCAUUAUGCACCACCUCCUCCCCACCUGCUCAUUAUGUUCCCGCGCCUUAUCCUUCACCGUUGCCACCUCAAGGUCAAUAUCUCCCACCUCCGUCAACGGGGCACCAAGCAAGCCCACCUCCGCCUCCGUCAUCGUAUGAGCAUCGGUCCCCACCUCCACCAGUGGAACAUCAUCAACCACCCAAGGAGUCAUGUCAUACUACCCCUCCUCCACCACCCCCGCCGGGAUGCACAACUACCGAAUCAGCACCACCGCCGCCGCCAAGUCAACAUUCAAGCCCUUCACCAUAUAUACCAACACCCGGUCAUCACUAUUCACAACCAUCCCCACCGUCCCAACAGCAUCAAAAUCCUCCGCCAACGCGCUAUACAUAUACAUCUCCACCGCCACCCUCUACGAAAACACACCACUUCCACCAAUCAUAGGGGUACCAUACGCUUCUCCUCCGCCGCCGGUUAUUCCCUACUGAAGGAAUGCUUUUUCGCGCCAUUGAGUUGUAAUUCAAAUUCUUUGGUGCAACCAUGAAUAGAUGUCCUGUUAAACUGUUUUUUUUCCAGCUUGAGAACUGUUUCCCCCCACUAAAUAUCUAAUAAUUUACAGUAUAUAUUUCAUUUCCUAUGUACUGUUCAAGCUAUUAUACAGGCAAAAUCAGUUGAGCA